AUGGCCAUGUGGAUUCACGGUCGGUGCAUGGGGGAGCCCGUAACGUUCCUUCUACAGACUCCUGACGGGCAGCCGACGGACGCGUCCGCGUUUUUGGAUGCCGUUUGUCACAUGCUUCAAACAGAGACCUCAGUGCACGCUGCGGCGCGGCACGUGUAUCGCCCCCUGUCCGUAUAUGUGAGUCUUCUGGGCGAUCCCGACGCAGAGCCCGCGAGCACGGAGGACGACAUGGAGGCCUUGCUGGACGAAUGGCCGCUGCUUUACCUGGCGCUUGUCAUGGAGCAUGAGGAGGCUGCCGCGGCGGUAUUGGAGUUUCAUCAGCAGCACGCCGUCACUGUACUGGAGCAUAUCCUGAGUGAAAACAACCGCCUAGCCUUAUUGAGGGCCGCUGCAGAAGAGAGUACCUCCUUCAAAUGUGUUGGAGAAACGCACAAUAACAUUAUGGAGUGCCAAGUAGUAAACGAGUUAGGUGGGACUAUUGUUCUCUUCACUGCCCAGGAAACCGGUGACGCACAGCUGCGAAGCAGCGGCGACACUCAACACACCAAACAACUAACUUUAUCGGUGGAUGCAAACGAGCCUGUAUUGAGCGUCAUCUGGGUUACAGCGGCUCUGAAGCCAUUCUUGCAGUGCCUCUUGUAUGAACGGAACCAUUUGAUGUGGAGAAACACAGAUGCCAAGACGGAGGAGGGGAAAGACUCGGCAUUUGGGUUUGCCACAUGCAUUGUUAAAGCACAUUGUGAUGCUUUGGUUGAGUUUUAUACUCGAUUUCCUGGCAUCGUAGUGGAGUACGAUGUCCUGUACGAGGUCUGUAAUGGCAACCUUGUCCUUCUCUUGGAUCUGCUAGGGGCCUACUCUGGCCUCUUGCUGCCCGUCGUGCGUGGAACCCGCAUCUACGACGUAGGAAACAAUUUGCAUGGGAGUCCGGCACACUCAACAGGCAGGGAGGCCUCUCAUGGCGGCAGUGUGCCCCGCAGUUGUUGCUCACAGCCAGCGGCAACACCGCCAUUCUUGUUGUCGUUUAGGCCGCAAGAACACCAGCGACUGGCUUUUCUCGUAAUGUGGACAAAUUACCGAGAGAAGGCGUCUAUGGAGCGCAAACUACCAGGAUCCGCGCGCAACAACCACGAGGCCAGCGUUCUAAGUAACUUUCGCGUCACGCUGUUAAACCUUAAGAAAAGUGGGUACGUGGUGCCCUCAAACUCCCUGUGGAGUGGGCUUAUUUUUGUCCUCUCCCGCCUUGUCUCACGCGAGUGUUGCCUUGAACGAUUUCUAGACAUCAUUGAGGAGGAUAACUUUGCCGCCUGCUCCGGUAAAAUGCCCGUCACUUUUAUUGCAGCUCUCGUGGCCGGUGCCGUGGUGGCCGCAUUCUUCCCCAGCGGAAAGUACAUGCAAUUGAUGUGCCAAAAAGUGGAGGUGCUGCUGGUGGAUGUCCCUGGUGGGGCCUCGCCCCUGCGACCGUACAUUCUUUCUCAGCCGGCGAAUCACACGGAGCGGUUUGAGGGGCUGUGGCUGGCAGAAACUCCCUUCUCACCGGCCAGGAAGUUCCAGUCUAGGGCGGAAAUGUUGUACGCGGCCCUGGUGGAUAUGGUGCUGUGCAGCGCUGAAAAGAUGUGGGCGACAGACGAUGCCUUUCCUAGCAGCAGCGAAUCUGCCAAGGCGCAACGUUCCCUGCGAAAAUGGAUAAGCAUGUGCCGAAACUUCUUUCAAGACCUGCGAGAUAGGCCAGCGGCUUGGCAGAGUGGACACACCUUAUCGCGUGCGUCUGCUGAAGGCGAGGUGCCAGCGGAGGCGGGCACGGCAUCCGCCGACGAUAUGAUUGAGGAAGAUGAAAGUUCCGUCCUGCAGCGCGUGUGUCAACAAAUGCGUCUGCAGCUCCAGCAAGGCGCCACACCGUUGCCAGCCAUUUACGCGGCCCUGUACACAGAGGGGACGGCUGAGGCAAAGACAGCGACUGACGAUGGUGCGGCUUCGGACGAUGCGGGGAAAACGGCUGCCCAGCGCGGCGUCCGGGACGACUUUGAAGCCGCUCAGGCCCUCUUCGCCGCCAUGGCGCAGCAGGUCAACGAUGACAUUAAACUGACGUUCUACGGUCUCUACAAGCAGGCAACCACCGGCGAUGUUAACGUUUCCAAGCCGUGGGUAAUGGACUUCGUCGGCCGCGCUAAGUGGGAUGCGUGGAAUCGGCUUCGCGGAAUGAGCCCGGACGAGGCAAUGCGCCGGUACACCGCAGAGUUGCACACGCUGCUAGUCUCCGGCACAAGCGGCAGCGCCUAA